AUGGCGUCAUUUGCCAAUCCCACACAGAUCUUUGCCGACGAUGUCGUGGAGGAGAAGGGCGAGAAUGCCCGUCUGUCUGCCUUUGUCGGUGCUAUCGCCGUUGGCGAUCUGGUGAAGAGCACACUCGGUCCUAAGGGCAUGGAUAAGAUUCUACAGUCUGCCUCUACCGGCGAGAUCCUUGUGACGAACGACGGUGCUACGAUCUUGAAAUCCAUUGCUCUCGACAACGCCGCUGCCAAGGUGCUGGUUAACAUUUCCAAGGUGCAGGACGAUGAGGUCGGCGACGGCACAACAUCCGUUACUGUGCUUGCUGCUGAGUUACUGCGGGAGGCCGAGAAGCUGGUGAGCUCCAAGAUCCAUCCCCAGACCAUCAUUGAUGGUUACCGGAUAGCUAGUCGGGCCGCCCUCGCCGCGCUCGAGAACACUGCCGUCGACCGCAGCCAGGACGCCGAGGCCUUUCGCAAAGACCUGCAUUCCAUUGCCCGCACAACCCUCAGCUCCAAGGUGCUGGCCCAGGACCGCGAACACUUCGCUGGCUUGGCAUGCGAGGCAGUCCUGCGCCUCAAGGGAUCGACAGAUCUCAGCCACAUCCAGAUCAUCAAGAAGGCCGGUGGCAAGCUCAGCGACUCGUAUCUGGACGAGGGCUUCAUUUUGGACAAAAAGAUCGGUGUCAACCAGCCCAAGCGAUUGGAGAACGCCAAGAUCCUCGUCGCCAAUACUGCCAUGGACACGGACAAGGUCAAGAUCUUCGGUGCCCGCGUCAAGGUCGAGUCUACGGGUAAGCUGGCUGAGUUGGAGAAGGCCGAGCGGGAGAAAAUGCGCGCCAAGGUGGAGCGGAUCAAGUCCCACGGCAUCAACUGUUUUGUGAAUCGUCAAUUGAUCUAUAACUGGCCCGAGCAACUAUUCACCGAGGCCGGCAUCAUGUCCAUCGAGCACGCUGACUUCGACGGUAUUGAACGCUUGGCGCUGGUCACAGGCGGCGAGAUCGCCUCGACCUUCGACCACCCUGACCAGGUGAAGCUGGGCUCCUGCGACUUGAUCGAGGAGGUGAUUAUCGGCGAGGAUACCCUGAUCAAGUUCUCCGGCGUGGCUGCCGGUCAAGCCUGCACCAUUGUCCUGCGUGGUGCCACCGAGCAACUGCUUGAUGAGGCCGAGCGCUCGCUCCACGAUGCUCUGGCCGUACUGUCCCAGACCGUGAAGGAUCCCCGCGUGACCUUGGGUGGCGGCUGCGCUGAGAUGGUCAUGGCCAAGGCAGUUGAGCAAGCUGCUCAGAACACGACCGGCAAGAAGCAGCUGGCGGUGGACUCGUUCGCCCAUGCCCUCAAGCAGCUGCCGACCAUCCUGGCUGACAACGCCGGUCUCGACUCGAGCGAUCUGGUCACACGGCUGCGCCAGGCCAUCAACAACGGUAUGACCAGCUCUGGUCUAGAUCUGUUGACUCCCGGUGGCGGCAUUGCGGAUAUGCGUGAAUUAGGGGUUGUGGAGGCCUAUAAGCUGAAGAAGGCUGUAGUGUCCUCGGCAUCUGAGGCUGCAGAGCUUCUUCUCCGGGUGGAUAACAUUAUCCGCGCGGCUCCGCGCCGCCGUGAGCGGAUGUGA